GAUCAAGGCAGUGGACACUGGCAAGUGGGAAGUGGCCAGUGGGCAGUAGUGGACACAGAUGGGUUCGAUCUGUGUUCGUUCCGUGGAAACUCUAAAAGGCCGACCCAGUGAGGCAUACCAACUUAGAGUGGCCCGGGUUUUGGGGCAACUAACCACGGGAGAUUUCCUGAUUCAAUCAAUAUUGAUUGCCCUAUUCCUGCACCUAAAAAAUAGGCGAAUAGCAAUUGGCAUAUGCUGCCACUGGAGAAUUGAUCGGGUACCAGCUGCCAAGUCAUUUGAGGGGAAGGAGGCGGAAACCAUCCGGUCAGUCAGUCAGUCAGUCACCACUACUGCAGCCAGCGUGCAGGGGGAAGAACUCCGGAAAGGCUCAGUCUCUGCCGUCCCCUCCCUACAAAGCAAGUACAACGGCGAUGAAGACGAAUACGACGACGACGACAAUGACGAUGACUGGGGACUCGGCCUCGCAUGCCUUUUUAGGAAGCCGCAGGCCAUCCGGUGAUGUCAGGUAUGUCUGGCAGGUCAUGUCAAGCUUCACGCCAAAAGCCCUCUUGACAGUCACACCGUUCAUUCUCCAUGUUUCAUAGUCGUACUAGCUCCGUGUGCUGAGAGCUUCACGGCAGGGAGCUUAUUCCACGUUCUAUUUUUGACCGGGAUGUUCCAUGUCACCGCUCUCCUUUUCUCCGCCAGUUCAUUGACCUACCUAACCCCGUCUCUUGUAUCAAACACUGGGAUGACGCCACAGAUCUUACGAGUCAUGACUUACAGUUAGCACACGCAUUCAACCCGACCGCGCUUUCGGAAGUCCUUCCUCGCAUCGGCAAGAAAAUCCCUCAAGAAACAAUUUGCACGCCUGUUUGUGGUUCAGGAACAGGAAAUGGUGAACAGGUAUUUCUAGAGGUGCAAACAUGAGAUGAAGAAUUGCUAUAAUUUUCUCUGCUGAGAUGCCCAGAAAUCGAAUGUCCACUUUGUCCGAUCUAUGAGUUGUGGGUCAACAGG